AUGGUUCGCUUCACUACAGCAGCCAUUCUCGGCUCCGCCAUGGCAGGACUUGCCAGCGCAGCCGGUGCCGGCUCCAAGGAGGAGUACGCGUCCGGCGCCGUCCACGCCGCCAACAUGGCUCGCAAGAUGGAGCACUGGAAGCAGGAAGAGGAGGCAGGCCUCAUGAACAGCGCUCUGUACCCCGAGCUUGGCUACACCCCCUGCGUAAAUGGCUUCGCCGAGGCCAGACCCGGCGACUCCAACCACACCUUCCGGUGCCGAAAUGUGAGAACCCCCGGCUCACCUCCUGUGACAUCGUCACAAGACACGCAAAAGACCAUCUCUGACUCGCGCUUCCAGAUCGACCUGUACCACUUCCUCUCUCACGAGGCGCUCGGCAGCCCGGGCGGCCGUGGUUCCUCCUCCUGGGGCUGGACCUCGGCCGACGGCCGCGAGUUCGUCGUCAUCGGGCAGUACGACGGCGCGGCCUUCGCCGAGAUUACCAAGGAAGGCAAGCUGAGCUACCUGGGCCGCCUGCCGCACAACUCCCUCCCCUCGCAGUGGCGCGAGAUCCGCGUUGUCCGCGACCUCGUCGUCAUCGGCUCCGAGGCGUUUGGCCAUGGCGUGCAGUUCUUGGACAUGAAGAAGCUGCUCGACCUCGAUCCAGCCACCCCCAAGACCUUCUCCAAGGCCGACCUCACCGGCUUCUGGAACGGGCUGCCGGUAGGCCGCACGCACAACGUUGUCGUUAACGAGGAGCUCAACUAUGCCGUGGCCGUGGGCGCGGUCGGCGGCGACGCGAACCGCCUGGACCGCCGCAACCUUCCGUGCGCCGGUGGACUCAUGUUCAUGGACAUUAGCGACCCGAGCAACAUCACCAGUCCGGGAUGUGCCGCCGGUGACGGCUACGUGCACGACGCACAGUGCCUCGUGUACCGCGGGCCGGACGCUCGUUACCACGGCCGCGACAUCUGCUACGGCUACAACGAGGACACGCUGACCAUCUACGACGUGACCAACAAGGUCGGCAACGUGACCAACAUCAUCUCGAUCAGCAGCUUCCCCGGCGCCUCGUACGUCCACCAGGGCGCCGUCAACAACGCCACCUGGCAGGAGUACCUCUUCCUCGACGACGAGCUCGACGAGCGCGACGCCAAGGUCGGCCCCAUGGCGCGCGGCCUGCCGACCACGCACAUCUUCGACAUCCGCGACCUCGAGAAGCCCGUCUACACCGGCCACUACGCCGCCAAGACGCGCGGCAUCGACCACAACCAGUACAUCUACGGCAGCCACCUGUACCAGUCCAACUACGGCAACGGCCUGCACGUGCUGGACGUGUCCAGCGUGACGGCGGACCCCUCGGGCGCGGGCAUCUGCGAGGCCGGCUUCUUCGACAUCCACCCGGCCGACGACGAGCAGGCGGGCGGCGGCCACGUCAGCUUCAGCGGCACCUGGUCGUCGUACGCGGGCUUCAAGUCGGGCUUCAUCCUGGUGCACACCAUCGAGCGCGGCACCUUUGUCGUCAAGAUGACCUCCAAGGCGUGCGAGAAGGCCGCUUCGUGCAGCGCCGACAACUGCAUGCGUGCCCUGCGCGCCUCCCACAUCCCCGGCCGGCUGGAGGAGAGCCAGGCGUUCUGCUGGAAGUACACCAGACGCCUCAACAAGGACAAGGCCGUGCUGCCGACGUAUGCGUCCGAGGCCUGUGGCGGUGCUGACCGCGAUCCGGUCGCGCGGGUCAGCAGCGCCUGCGCCUGCAUACCGACCCAGCCGGUCCCCGAGAGGAAUGCCUGA